AGCGGUGUGAUUAGAAUCAUAUAAAUAUCGGAGAGAAUUUAGCAAGCAGUAUCAUUUCUUCUUGGGAUUCUGCACUUAGCUGAAGAACAAAAAGCAAGCUAGCAAAAUGAAACUGUUGUUGCUCUGUGCCUUCGUCGCUGUCGUUGCCGCGGAUGUUAGCCAUCUGCCAACCAACCAGUACCUGCCACCUGUCCGUGGCGCCGCCUCCGCACCAGUUGCAUAUGCUGCUUCGGCUCCAGUGCAGCAGUACUCUGCUCCCGCUCAGUCCUACUCGGUUGCUUCUUCGGCUCCAGUGCAGCAGUACUCUGCUCCCGCUCAGACCUACUCGGCUGCUGCCUCAGCUCCAGUUGAGCAGUACUCUGCUCCCGUCCAAUCCUACUCGGCUGCUGCCUCAGCUCCAGUUGAGCAGUACUCUGCUCCCGUCCAAUCCUACUCGGCUCCUGCUACGUACUCCGCCGCUGCUUCCGCUCCAGUAGAGUCAUACAGCGCUCCCGUUCAGAACUACAACGUUGCCGCCUCUGCUCCAGUCCAGAGCUACAGCGCACCUGUUGCUGACACCUACGACACCUCUGCCUCUGAGCCAGCACCAGCACACAGCUUCUCUCCGUCCGAGGGCUACCGUUACAAGACCCACCGUCGCGUUAUCCGUCGCCAUCGUCGUGGUGUGCCCUCCAACGACUAUCUGCCCCCAGUCCAGGGUGCUGCCUCUGCUCCAGUCAGCGAAUACCUGCCUCCUGUAGCCUCUGCUCCCGCUCCAGUCUACACCGCAGCUGCCUCUGCCCCAGUUCAGUCCUACAGCGCGCCAGCUGUCGAAUCCUAUGGCGCUGAGAGCUACGACACCGCUGCUUCCGAGCCAGUCGCAGCCCACACCUUCUCCUCCACUGACGGUUACCGCUACAAGACCCACCGCCGCGUCAUCCGUCGCCGCAGAUACUAAAUGGCAAGCUAUCGAGGCUACCCAGCAAGCGACCCAUCAAACGCUACUUCCAGCUGAAAAGUUGAUUUCAAUGAUUUGUACGGCGAUUGCCAGGGAACAGUUUUAAUAAAGAAAUACCCAUCAAAACGA